UAUGCAUCUAAUAAAAACUUGUAUAAAUAUAGGUCACAUUAAAACUUAUUUUAGUCAUCACUAAAUUUAUCAAAUAAAUUGCAAGAAAAAAAAUGGCCAAAAUUGCUUUGGGCAGCAGCCAAGAGGCUGCUCAACCAGAUUGCAUUAGAGCUCUAGUCGUCGAGUUCAUCACCACCUUUCUCUUCGUCUUCGCCGGCGUUGGCUCAGCCAUGGCCGCGGAUAAGCUAGAGGCAGGUGCCUUAGUGGGGUUGGUGGCUGUGGCAGUGGCUCACACCCUUAUAGUGGCUGUGACAAUCUCCGCCGGCCACAUUUCAGGCGGCCACCUUAACCCCGCCGUGACUCUUGGCCUUCUCAUCGGCGGUAACAUCACCGUCGUCAGAUCCAUUCUUUAUUGGAUUGUCCAAUUGUUGGCUUCUACCUCAGCUUGCUUUCUUCUACAUUACAUUACUGGAGGACUUGGUACUCCAAUUCAUUCGUUGGCAAGUGGUGUGGGUUAUUUACAAGGAAUAAUAUGGGAGAUUAUUCUCACAUUUUCUCUGCUGUUUACGGUCUACGCUACUAUGGUGGACCCCAAGAGAGGGGCUCUUGAUGGGCUGGGCCCAAUUCUUGUUGGGUUUGUUGUUGGGGCCAAUAUCCUUGCUGGUGGACCCUUCUCUGGGGCUUCUAUGAACCCAGCAAGGUCUUUUGGACCUGCUUUGGUCUCCGGUAAUUGGACCCAUCAUUGGGUUUAUUGGGUUGGGCCUUUGAUUGGCGGUGGCCUUGCUGGAUUCAUCUAUGAGAAUUUCUUUAUUGUCAGAACUCAUGUUCGUCUUCCCAAUGAUGAAGAAGCUAUCUAGUUUGGAAUUUUUUUAAGUAAUUACUAUUUAUUAUAAUUUAAGUUUUAACCUUCUUAAUUGUUCUUAUGUACUUAAACAAGAGUAUUGUUAGUAGUAGUUCAACACGAGUUGUGAAAUAAAGAUAAUUUGCAAGAAUUGUCGUUGUAUUGUAAUGUAUCAACUUGUAAUAUACCUUUGCCAUCUUUGAAAGAGUAAUGGUAUUUGCAUACACAAUAUGUAUCAUAAGUUUACAAAAA